ACAGGACCACCUUCCCAACCGAAUUUCACACACCUGUCACCUAGGACGCAGCAGGGAAGGCCGCCCUUCGAUCCGCGUUCUCCCCAUUUUGGGGUGUAGCUUGGAUUCCUGAGCCCAGUUUUAGUGCGUGGCCGAUCGGGAGGCCGGCGAGGCGCUCUAGGCCGAGCGGCUUCGUCUCUAUGACCACAAGGGGCGGUCCCUGGUGUCCUGCGCGGGGGCGCGGAGGGGGCGGGCGUCAGUUCCGCGCGGGGCUGUCGGGGAACCAUGGCUGCCCCGAGAGACAAUGUCACUUUAUUAUUCAAGUUAUACUGCUUGGCAGUGAUGACCCUGAUGGCUGCAGCCUAUACCAUAGCUUUAAGAUACACAAGGACAUCAGACAAAGAACUCUACUUUUCAACCACAGCCGUGUGUAUCACAGAAGUUAUAAAGUUAUUGCUAAGUGUGGGAAUUUUAGCUAAAGAAACUGGUAGUCUGGGUAGAUUCAAAGCAUCUUUAAGAGAAAAUGUCUUGGGGAGCCCCAAGGAACUGUUGAAGUUAAGUGUGCCAUCGUUAGUGUAUGCUGUUCAGAACAACAUGGCUUUCCUAGCUCUUAGCAAUCUGGAUGCAGCAGUGUACCAGGUGACCUACCAGUUAAAGAUUCCGUGUACUGCUUUAUGCACUGUUUUAAUGUUAAACCGGACACUCAGCAAAUUACAGUGGGUUUCAGUUUUUAUGCUGUGUGCUGGAGUCACGCUUGUACAGUGGAAACCAGCCCAAGCUACAAAAGUUGUGGUGGAACAAAAUCCAUUAUUAGGGUUUGGCGCUAUAGCUAUUGCUGUAUUGUGCUCAGGAUUUGCAGGAGUAUAUUUUGAAAAAGUUUUAAAGAGUUCAGAUACUUCUCUUUGGGUGAGAAACAUUCAAAUGUAUCUAUCAGGGAUUAUUGUGACAUUAGUUGGCGUCUACUUGUCAGAUGGAGCUGAAAUUAAAGAAAAAGGAUUUUUCUAUGGUUACACAUAUUAUGUCUGGUUUGUCAUCUUUCUUGCAAGUGUUGGUGGCCUCUACACUUCUGUUGUGGUUAAGUACACAGACAACAUCAUGAAAGGCUUUUCUGCAGCAGCGGCCAUUGUCCUUUCCACCAUUGCUUCAGUAAUGCUGUUUGGAUUACAGAUAACACUCACCUUUGCUCUGGGUACUCUUCUUGUAUGUGUUUCCAUAUAUCUCUAUGGAUUACCCAGACAAGACACUACAUCCAUCCAACAAGGAGAAACAGCUUCAAAGGAGAGAGUUAUUGGUGUGUGAUUUUAGCCUCACAUGAGACUCCUUUUAAGACUAAACCAUUUGCAUUAAACUAGAGCCUUAAGUCAAUCUCAGAAGGUAGCAUAAACAAAAAUUAACUGUAUGGCAUGAUCAGUGCAGUUAUGUGGAAACAACAACAAACAAAGCUAUCUGAGUGAACUGCUAAUACAGAAACUUAACAUAGACCUGUUUGGGGUCUAACUAUUGUUUUAGAAUGAAGGAAUUUUAUUAUUGUGUAUAUAUAUAAUUUGUAAAUAAAAAGUAUGGAGAUGAUACGGUGUUAAAAAAAAAAAAAAAUCAUGGUGAGGCUACAAUACUCAAGUAACAAGGUUUGGGACAAUGUCUAAGGGUUAAAGUGCCAAAGCCAUUUCUGUACUAACUGUUCUCUUGUUCAGGUACCAGGGAGAAGGAUGACCCCUCCUUAUUCUCCAAUUCAUGUACAGUAUUUUGUCCUAGCAGCAUAAAGACCUAGCUCUUUUCUUACAAGAGGCAGAAACAAGACAGGCUAGUUCAUAAACAAACUGAAUGUGUAACUUCUCAAAAUCAAAAUGAAUCUAUUUCAUAACUCGGACAAUAAUUUCUGGGUGGUGACUGAGUACCCCUUUAGUGCUAUAUUUGUGCUAUUCAUUAUCUGGUUCAUGUUUCUUCAAAAAAAUUUGUAAUGUUACUUUUGUACUUUUUUAAAUAAAGUAUGUUUAACUGUUGGGCUCUCAAUAAUUUGUGAAAUUUCAGUGUUUUCUAUAAUGUUAAUGGGGAAAUUCAGCAAUAAACUUUAUUUGUAUGAA